AUGUCGCUGAGCCCCAAGCACACGACGCCCUUCUCCGUGUCCGACAUUCUCAGCCCCAUCGAGGAGAGUUACCGCAAGCUCGGCGGCAUGGACGGCGCGGCGGGCCUGGGCGCGCCCCUGGGGGCCGCGUACCGCGCGCCGGGCCCCGGCCCGCAGGCGCACGCGCUCGGACCCGGCGCCGCCGCCUACCACCUGCCGGGGGUCGCGCAGUUCCCGCACGGCGCCGUGGGCGGCUACUGCGGCGGCCUGGGCGCGGGCGAGCUGCCCGCCUACCCGGACGGCGUGCGGGGCGGCGCGGGCGCGGCCAGCGGCUGGUACGGCGCCAGCCCGGACCCGCGCUACCCGUCAAUCUCUAGGUUCGUGGGGCCGUCGGCGGGCGUGGGCGUGAGCGGCGUGGGCUCCCUGACGGGCAUCGCGGACGCCGCCAAGUCGCUGGCCGCGGCGCCGCGCAGGAAGCGGCGGGUGCUCUUCUCGCAGGCGCAGGUCUACGAGCUGGAGCGGCGCUUCAAGCAGCAGCGGUACCUGUCGGCGCCCGAACGCGAGCACCUGGCCGGCCUCAUCCACCUGACGCCCACGCAGGUCAAGAUCUGGUUCCAGAACCACCGCUACAAGAUGAAGCGGCAGGCCAAGGACAAGGCGGCGCCGCCGCCGCAGGAGGGCCUGGGCCCGUCGUCGCCGCGCCGCGUGGCCGUGCCCGUGCUGGUGAGGGACGGCAAGCAGUGUCCGAGCGGCCCGGCCACGCCGCCGCCCGCCGAGCCGCCCAGUCCGCACGGCCCGGGCGCUGGCCUGGCCGCGCUGGACGCCGCGCCCGGGGACUUCGGCGCGGGGCUGGGCGCCGGCCUGCUCUACGGCAGGACGUGGUGA